AUGGCUCCCAGCACUGGGAGCGCCUUGACCGCGGAUUCCAUCCUGGAACACAUGGUCAAAAGCAUCCCGACCCCGCCUUCAGACUCUCCGCAACAGCGGCUCAUUAAAGACCCAUUCGCUGCGGUCGCUUUGUUCGCCCAUGCCUGUAUGCUUGCGGUAGGAUUUCGACUUAUAGGCUUGGGCGAAGACCACAAGAUAGAUACUCCGGCUGAUUCUCAAGAUGUGCAACCGUUACCCGCUGAGUGGGACGCAUCCUCGUCCUAUGCCUUCCGCUACGCACACCCCCAAUCAUCUAUGGAGUUUCUCGUUAAGGUGAACCGGCUGGGCAGUAAGGCUCUGAUCUUUGGUGUCGGCCUGGGUGACGACAAAACUGCCUCUUUUGAGAUCAAAGCCGAAGAUUACAUCUCUGAAGGUUCUCUGAAAGAAGCCACAAUCAGUUCUGAUCGAACACCAGCUAUAAGGAAUGCUUUCAUAUCCAAUGGACGUAUCGAUGAUCUGGCAUCACUGUUCAAACUCAACAUUAUUCAAAAGCUGGUUCCUGGCAUACAAAAGGCAGGUUAUGAAGAAACGCAGUCAGCAUCAGAUGCUCGAGACCGAUCGCAGGGAGCUCGCCCACCUGAGCAUGAUCCUCUGCGGGACGACCACCAGCCGCCUGCCCGGCCAUAUCCCUUUGAUGAUCCGCUAGCAGCUGAGCCGCGAAGACCCUUCCCCGCGGGCGACUUCCCACCCCCCGGUUUCGAGGAUGAAUACGAAUUGAACCGUCCGCGCCAAGGACUGGCCCCGAACCGACCGGGAUUCGGUCCUGUACCUAUUGGAGAGCAGGAUCUCUACCCUCCUGGUCUAGGUCCUCACGAUCCGCUCAGGAUUGGACCUGGGGGCGGGUUUCGUGGUGGUGGAGGGAUGCACCCUACGUUCGAUGACCUGACUGGACGGACGGGAGCAGAACCAUACGAUCCCAGCGUACCUCCUGGGGCGCGAUAUGACCCUAUUGGCCCGGGUGAUGGGCCACCCAACCUUCGAGGCCCUGGCGCUCGAUUUCCGGGAGGCAGAGGAGGCGGGUUUGGUGGAAAUCCAUUUGGGGGUUUCGGAAGCGGAGACUUCAUAUGA